AUCACCAAUAUCCAUCAUGUCUUGGGAGAAUCUGAAGAAAGUCAUCCCCAGCGUACACAAGCGACAGCUCCAGCCGCAGCAACGCAGACUGAAGGAUUACCAGGGGAACCGCAUACCCGUUGAAGGCAGAGGCGAGUUCCAAGUCCAGUACGGGGAGUUUACCGAGAAACUGCCCCUCACCAUCGUCAGCGACAACCUCCCCAGCCUCCUGGGCAUGGACUGGUUUAGGGCCCUAGGCAUGGGAUUCACCGGAGUAAGGAACGUUCGAAGCACCCUGAAGGAAGACCUGAUGCAGGAGUUCCAGGACGUGUUCAACGAAAGGCUUGGCAAGUAUGUGGGGACCCCGAUUUCAUUUAAUCUAGACCCCAAUAUUGCACCCAUCCGCUUAAAGCCUAGGCGGGUACCAUUUGCCCUGAAGCCCAAAAUAGACAUUGAACUGGACAAAUUAAUCAAACAAGGGGUGCUCGUUCCAGUCGACCACGCCAAAUGGGAGACCCCAAUUGUUACACCGGUCAAGCCGGACGGGUCAGUGCACAUAUGCGCUGACUAUAAAUGCACAAUAAAUAAGGCCCUGCAGCAGAGCGCCUAUCCAGUGCCCGUCGUUCACCACUUAUUGCAUUCCCUGGGCCCCGGCAAGAUCUUCGCAAAACUCGAUCUUGCGCAGGCGUACCAGCAGCUGCCGGUAGAUGGUGCUACCGCAGAGGCACAGACUAUCGUAACCCACAGAGGGGCCUUCAAGUGUACCCGUUUGCAAUUCGGGGUAAGCGUGGCCCCCGGACUGUUUCAAAGUACCAUGGAGCGGCUACUACAGGGGAUCCCCAGGGUGGUGCCCUAUUUCGAUGACGUACUCAUUACCGCCGACAACGAGCACCAGCUAAGAGAAAGACUGAGGGAGGUAUUAAGGAAAUUCAGGGACGCAGGACUCAGAGUGAAACGCAACAAAUGCAUGAUCGCAGUCCCCUCAGUCGAAUUCCUAGGGUACAGGGUAGAUGGCACCGGCAUUCACCCCACAGAAAGCAAGAUCAGGGCAAUCCAAGAAGCACCCACCCCCAAAGACAAGGCAGAAUUACAGGCAUUCCUGGGACUAUUAAACUUCUACGCCAUUUUCCUUAAGGACAAGGCAACAGUGGCAGAACCCCUACAUAGACUGUUAACCAAAAAAGCCAUUUGGAAAUGGGGGAAGGCUGAAGACAGGGCAUUCGCCGGCAUUAAAAAACUGCUAUCAGCCGAGAGUUUUCUAAUCCAGUACAACGCAACGCUUCCCCUUGUUCUAGCAUGUGACGCGUCACCGUUCGGGGUGGGAGCCGUCCUGAGCCACAGACUCCCGAAUGGCCUAGAGGCGCCCAUCGCAUAUUACUCCCGAACUCUAUCAAGUGCCGAGCGAAAUUAUAGCCAGCUCGACAAGGAGGCCCUAGCCACCGUUUCGGGAGUGAAAAAAUUCCACGAGUACUUGUUCGGGAGGGACUUUGAGUUAAUCACAGACCAUCGACCGCUCCUGGGGGCGGACAUGGGCAACGCGGACGCACUCAGCCGAUGCCCACUACCCGACAGUUUAGAAGACCCCACACCUGGCAUCCCCAUCCUGCUGAUAGACGUUUUGGACUCUGGGCCCAUCACAUCAGCCGAGGUUGCGAGAGCCUCAACCAAAGACCAUGUGAUCCGGACAGUCGCAAGUUGGGUCAUGAGGGGGUGGCCGGAAAGGAUUGGGAGCGGGGAAUUUAAACCAUUCGCGGGAAAACGGGAUGAGUUGACAAUGCAAGGGGGUUGUUUACUAUGGGGCGAUCGGGUUGUUAUUCCCUCACGUUUAAGAGAAAAAGUUUUAACGUUGUUGCAUGAGGGGCACCCAGGGAUUGUAAGAAUGAAGGGGCUAGCCAGGAGCUACGUCUGGUGGCCCAGCAUGGAUACAGACAUUACCGAGUGGGUGGGGAAAUGCCAGCCCUGCCAAGAGUCCAGAUCAGACCCGCCAACGGCACCCGUGAGAGAGUGGGAAAGGCCCCAGGGACCCUGGUCCAGAAUGCAUAUUGACUUUGCAGGCCCAUUCCAUGGACAGACCUUCAUGGUCAUCGUAGACGCAUUCUCCAAAUGGUUGGAGAUCAAGCUAAUGAAGGCCACUACCACCGACGCAACCAUCAGAGAGCUAAGACAGUUAUUUGCCACACAUGGGUUACCGGACAUCCUAGUGUCAGAUAACGGGCCACAGUUCACCGCAACACAGUUCGAGGGCUACUUAGCGGGACUUGGGAUCAGACAUAUCCUUUCUGCCCCGUUUCACCCGGCUAGUAACGGACAGGCUGAGAGAUUUGUUAGGUCAGCAAAGGAGGCCCUUUCACGCUUAAGCCCCGGGGACUGGCAGGAAAGGGUAGACAAGUUCUUAAUAGCUCAGCACUCCACACCCUGUACGGCCACGGGCCGAAGUCCGGCCGAACUAUUAAUGGGGCGGAAACUCCGGGGAAUACUAGAUAGGCUCAACUCCAAUUACUCCCCAGAGGUCUUCAAAGGGGGGGAGAGGAAGCUUAGAGAAUUCACCAUAGGAACACCAGUUCACGCUAGAAACUAUGGACAGGGCCCACUCUGGGAAGCCGGGACAAUCACAGAAAUCACGGGGCCCAAAUCAUACAGGGUAGAUAUGGGAGACGGGAGAGUUUGGCGCAGACACAUUGACCAGCUUAGAAAACGGGUAACCACAGACACCGAUGACAAAUUAGACGACCCCAUCUCUGACCAUGACUACCAGCCAGAAGCACAAAACACGAGCCCGAGUAGAGCGGAGAACUUAGCUGAGGAUUCUGGUAUCCAGCGCCGCCCCAUCGAGUGGAUUGAAGAAGCAUUUUUUGGGGAAUUUAAACCUGUGAAAGUUAACGAAGUUAAUGAAGAUUGA